AUGGCACAGAAAUGGUGUCAAGAAACCCCAGUCACAAAAGAUACUAAUCUCUUUAAGGGGGUUGACCCCAAGUGUCUGAGGAACAUGAGCUUUGCCAAGAAGCACAACAAAAAAGGCCUGAGGAAGAUGCAGGUAAACAAUACAAAGAUAAUGAAUGUGCAUGUAGACACCAUCAAGGCCUUUAUGAAGCCUAAGGUCAUUAAGCCCAAGAUGCAAAAGGGCCCCAGCUGCAAACUCAGCAGUCUGGUUUUCAUCAAUCACCCCAAACAUGGGAAGCAGAUUCAAAGCUACAUGGCCAAGGCUAGUAGGCUCUCCAUGUAG